AUGAACUCGUAUCCGCAUGAGUUCCUUGCCCACCCUCAACCGUUGAUGUUCGUAGCUGGACUCAACUCAGGUUCAAGGGGACGAAGUAACUCAUCAGCUUCUACCUCUGGUGCUCGACGGCCAUCAGGCGGAACCCUUACUGUCCUUGAACCUGGUUCAUCAGGAAAUUCAGCUUUGACCACUCCUAUCACAUCCCCAAUACCGCGAAAUGAUGCAUUACCUGACGAUCCUUCUUCGGAUGACACGGUGUCAGCCGAGAAGAAGGCAGAUGAGAUUAGCAAGAGCGAAGAAAUAGAUGGAAAUGAUAAAGAAUUUGAGAAAUUGGUAUAUGAUCUUAGAGGAGCAUUGACUCCUAUGGCAGGUAAAGGGAAAAUAUGGUUGGGUCAAGAGGAUAGAAGAGACUUUAGGAUUGUAUUGGUUGACAAGGGAGUUCGCCUACCGAUGCGUAAAAUCAGUCCUGCGGCAUCAUCAUUAUCACAACCAUCCAUAGCGGAUAUACCAACUACUCCUCGAUCUCCUCUUUCACCCUUGAUUCCCAGUUCCCCUCUUUUCCCGGACGGUCUAAUCGCCCCUGUUUGGGUAAGAAAACACGCUGAGCUGGUACCAUCGGUAUUUGUCCUCUUCUUGAGGCUGUACGAAGCAAAGCCUUUUGCGCCGAGUGAAGAUCCAGACGUCAAUCAGGCUAAAGAAGCUGCUAAUAAGGCUAUGGAGAAGGAUCAAGACGACCAACUUAUAAGAGAGAUAGGUGAUAGACGAAGGAGGCUAGGGGAGAGAGGAAUAAAGUUGACAGUUGUAUUAAUGGCUAGUGCGGCAACUUUAGAUUCACCUUCACUUGAUCCUAGAUUAUCACAUCUACGUCGAGCAUCAGCUCUAUCUUCCAAAGCGUCAUUGUUUGUUCUUACUCCUGUUCCAGCAGAUCAACUGCCAGAUUUCGUUCAAUCGCUACAAGAUGCGCUAUAUGACUCUGCAGUAGAGUACUAUGCCAAUCAUGCCAAGCGAGUCAGAAGGAAGAGGUCACGAGUGCCUGUCAGUCAAGCUGCAGUAAAUCCCGCCGCUACCGCAGCAACCGGUCAAGGGCCCCGGGCAUUGGGUCCUCAGGGCUGGGCUGUGAGGUAUGAUUGGAAAGCUGGAUGGUUCGCUGAGGUUAGAGGAGAUUUCGAUGUUGCUAGAAGGCACUAUGAGGACUGCUGGAAUGAAUUGGCAAGGAUGUUUUCCUCGACCACAACUCUCCCACCAAGGACCAAAAGAUGGGCAGAAGCGAAAGUGCUGGCAGAUUGUGUUGCUGUCAGAAUAUGCAAACUUCUUUUGUACGAUGACCAGGGUCCUCGUGCACUGAAUCCUUUCUUUGUUCACCUAAAACGAUUUGGGGAUCUUUCGCGUGGAUGGGGUAUAGGCGAAGAAACGUUCGAGUUCUGGAGCUGGAUCGCGAGACAGUAUCGCAUAUUUGCAGAGUUAUUGGAGAUGGCUCAACAGUCAGGUCUUCGAAUCGCAUCGUUGGCACCUCCAGUGUUCCCAACAGCUGCGUCGGCGGCUGCUCCCGUACCGCCCGAUUACUAUGCUACGCCUAUAUCUUCUGGAAACCCACUGCAAGUACUACAACAGCCCGCUUUCUACUACUAUACUGCUGCAUCAUGCUCCAUACAGAGACAAUUGAGGUAUCAAGAAGCUCUGGAAGCUGAGAAUGACGCUUUAAGCUCCGAAGCUGGAUCCACAUCAGGUUAUGUGUCCACCGCUCCUGGUUUUGCUAAUGAGAAGAAAGUCGAUCACCCAGCCCUGGUCAUAGAGCUGUUUACCAAGGCAUAUUCGCUACUGAAAGAACAGGAUCAUGCUCAAAAUCGAAUGGCACUAUUUGUCGCUUUCAGAAUAGCAGAGGUGUAUUGUCAAUCGGGACAGCAUGAGAUGGCGUUGCGCUUUUUUGACAGGAUUUCACUGGGCUUCAAACGAGAACGAUGGUCUCCUAUUGUGCGCCAAAUACGCAAAUUAUGGUAUGAAUGUGCUCAGCAAACAGGCAACGUGGAAAGCGCGGCAAGGUUGUUAGUGGAAAUGAUGUGUCCAGACAGCGGGAUCGAAGGGGAGGACAGGGUGGCGUUACAGGAAGAUCUCCUAUCGCUGAUGAAGACCACAACACCUGCUAGCACCGGGCCAAUUGCGGUGGAAUUGGAUGGUCAAAGUAGUUUAUUGCAAGCACAAGCAGGAUUCUGGAAAGCUGAAUCGACUGUAUCAAAGUCUGUUCCCUAUCAAUUAGCACUUCAAUGUCCGGAAAAUGUGCAUAUAAGCGAUAUCCAAUUUUCGUCAUUACGAGUCAUAUGGUCGAAUGAACGAGAGGAUACUAUCACUCCAUCUGAGGGAUCCGAAGCGAAGGUCGAGAUAAUUAAAGUUGACUUAGGGAAAGACUCUAAAGCCUCGCUGAAGUGGACGGAAGGAAAGAUGAUUGUAUUGAAUGGGGAAGUAUUUGCUCAUGCUGAGGAGGAAAUACGGAUAACGGGAAUCGUAUUGUCGUUAAAGCAAGGUGCUUGGGAUUUGGAGGUUCGUCUCACUCCGUCUGAUUUGUCAGAAUGGAUGAUUCCGCGGGGAGCUAUAACUCCAGUACAGGAAUUAUCACCUUAUGUAAACUUCAUUCACCAAGCGCACGAGGUCGACGUGGAUGUUACUCAUCAUCCUUCCGCAUUUGUAGGAGAAGACGUGGAGAUAAUGGUAAAGGCGACGAAUACAGAUGAGCGAGAGAUGGAUUUAGCAUUAUCAGUAUUCCUGCAACCUGGCGAUGAAGAAGAUGACGACGGCUCCACUGUCGCGGUGGAGGACCAAGUGUCCCCUACACUCAUCAAAGAUAUCUCAUUUGGCGUGCUUGCACCCUCAUCAACGGCAAACAGAACAAUAGUAUUACGAUCACCCAUAGAAGGAACCAAGAUACUAGAUAUUUCAGUCCAAUCGACGAUCAAGCUCCCAUCCGCUAGAACUCUUUCUCCUACUCUAUACGAUCAAGUACCUUCACAUACUGAGGAAGUCAACAGAACAGUCGUCUUGCCUGUUCUGAAACCCUUUGAUGUGAAGAUGGGAGUCAGGUAUUCACAGCGCUUGGCAGACAACGAUGGUGCUCAAGCUGUUGUAGGCGUUCUGGUGAAUUUGGCUGGUCCAAGAGGUGUCAAAGUCGAGAAGAUCGAGCUGGAAGAGGAUUCUGCUGAGGACAGUGAAAAGAGCGACGUGAAACUUAUCUCUUCGUCACUCGAUGAAGAUGACACGUUCCCGCAAUACUGGGAUCAGAGCACGAGUUAUGCUUUAUCGGCUAAAUUCUCACUGUCACCAGGAUUGAGAGGCGGCACGGUUGGUGAUCCCACCAAAGUACCUGCUAAAUUAGUUUUCACUUGGCGAAGUGAUACAUCGAGUACAUCCAUACAAACAAUACAUAAUUUACCUCCACUGUUACUUCCUCCCCCUACGGAAUCGUUCAUCAUACCGACGAUACAUUUACCUUCGCCACCUUCUGUACUCCCUCACACCCCGUUCAGAGUAAUAUUAUCGAUUCUUAACACUCAUCCCACUGCAAACGCAACUUCCAUUUCAGUCAUUGGUGAGACUCAAGAUGGGUUCGUCUGGUUAGGUUCAAGAAAUAUCAUUCUACCUCCUCUCAAGCCUGGUCAAGAGUCAACGUUGCACUUCGAAAUGAUCGCUUUGAGUGGUGCUGGAUGGGUGAACAUACCGAAGAUUGGUGUAUACGAAGGUGAAGGUGAAGAUCGAGAACAAGUAGAUGUUAAAGGAUCAAAAAUGGUCUUGGUUAGACCGUAG